AUGAUGCCAUACGGGGGUCAACCAUUUCACCCCGGGCAACAGCAACCUCAACAGCAGCAGCAACAGCAGCAGCAGCAGCAGCAAACUACUCAAGCGCAACAUCCGUUGGGUGGCCCGCGCCAGCAUGUACCGUCGCCGUCGCUGGCCGCGGCACCGAAUUUGCCGCAACAUGGCAGUCCAUUUCCAGGGAAUAAGCCGCUAUUCAGAGCGCAACCGCAGCAACAUUUUGCAUCGCAGUCACCCGAUCUGCGCAAGAUGGCGCCGACCUCGGGUCCUUUAGCAGGGUAUCCGACAACUACUAGCUUUGCACAGUUUCCUGGUCAAUUUCCACCGCAGAGCUCUCCGGACUUGAUAGCUAGAAACCAAGACCCGAUGGCGCUGCAGAACUUACAGCGCAGCUAUAAUCCCAUGGCUCAUUUACAAAGACAGCCUGGAAUGAGUCCACCGACGGGUGUGCCUCAUCAGCAUGGCAUGAAUAUGCCCUCGCCACAGCAGUCGUUGAAUGGCCUGCCUCGGGUCGGAGUUCAUCAGAGAGAGAAUCAUUCCUCUGGCAGCCCCUCCAUGGCUAGUCCGUCUAUGAAUGCUAUUUAUCAGCAACGCCAACCUCAGUCACAGCCGCAGUCUCCUCAACAGACUCAUCAGCAGUUGCAGCAAAGGCAACAUCAGCAGUUCCAGCAACAACAGGAGCGCAUGCAUCAGCAAAGGCUCGAGCAGCAGAAGCUCCAACAGCAACAGCAACAGCAACAGCGUAUGGAACAGCAACGACUGGAGCAACAGCGCAUGGAGCAGCAACGUCUCGAGCAACAGCGUAUAGAGCAGCAAAAGCAAGCCGAGCAGCAAAAACUGGAACAACAGAAGCGAAUAGAGGAGCAGCAAAAGGCCGAGCAACACAAGCGACUUGAACAGCAGCGUCUUGAGCAAGAGCGCCUGGAGCAGGAACGCCUAGAGCAGCAGCGCCUUGAACAGCAACAGCAACAGCAACAACGUAUGGAACAGCAGCGACUGGAGCAGCAACACAUGGAACAGCAGCGUCUUGAGCAACAUUUGAAGCAGCAAAGAAUGCAAAAGCUACAAGCAGCUCAAGCACAUCAUCCAUAUCAGCAGCAACAUUCUCCUUUCUUGCAACAUACCCAAACCCAGUUCCACCAAUAUCAUCCGCAGCCCCAGGCUCAAAACCAAUAUACUCCCCAGCUCCCUCAAUUUUCACAAACUUCUCAACAGCCCCAGUUCCCUCAACCACAAGCGCAGUUCCAGCACUAUCAGCCACCUUCACAACCUUCAGCUGAGCCGCAAAGGGCAUCUGUGACCACCCAAGCAUCGACUGGGACCGUUAAAAGCGAAGAGCAGAGUCCUGCUCUGAAGAAGAUGUCCAAGCCCAAAGGUCGACCUCCUGGGGCUGCAAAGUCUCAGCCCACACCCCAAGUUGCAGCUCAAGUUCAACCUCCCGUGGGACAGACUCAUAUUCAGAGCGCUCCUUCCACCGUACCACUCACCACCCCUGUGCAGUCAAAUGGGCAGGCACAACCACAGGUGACUGAUGCCAUGGUGACCGGCGGUGAGCAACCGGUAACACCGCUUCCAAAGCGAAAACGUGGACGGCCGAGGAAGGAGGAAGUUGCCGCCAGGCAAGCUGCUGCGGCUGCGCAGGCGGCGGCAAAUGGUCAACCGAUUCCUUCUGGUCAACCAGGACAAGCAUCCUUUACGCCAAAUAUGACCCCGACUGCUCCGAGCAUUCAAACUCCUAUAAUUGGUCCAGAUGGCACUCCAUUGCCGAUGAAGCGGAAGCGUGGUCGUCCUCGCAAGGCGGAUCAAAUCGCAUGGGCCCAAGCUACCGGUCAACCUCUGCCCCCACCGAAGCCGAAGAAGCCCUCGACAGCCAAAAAGCCAACUGGCACCGGUCGGCCACGAGGGAGGCCUCGCAAAGCAGACGUUGCCGCUGCAGCUGCCGCCGCGGCAGCGGCAGCUGCAGGUGGUGAUCAAGCCCCGGUGGAGAACAAAUUCCCUGAUGACAAAAUGGACACCGACAUGGGUCAGAAGCGCGCAGCACCGGCUGACAACGAACCACGAAAGCGUCCUUGCCCGACACCUCCAUAUCCUCAAGGACAGCAUCUGCCACCGCAGAGCCAGCCACUCCCGCAAACUCAAGCUCGCCCACAGCAAGCCCAACCGAUGCAGCAGCAACAGGGCCACCACAUGCCCUCACACGGUCAGCAUAUGACACCGCAAUCAAGCCAACAUCUCUCCCCUCAACCCGGCCACCAUAUGGCACAACAAGGCCAGCUUCCCCCACAGCCAAAUCAGCCGAUGUCCAUGCCACACAUGCCGAUGCAUCAACACCUCCCACCUCACGCACCACGCUCUCAACACCCGCAACACCCUCACUUCAUGCAAAUGCCACCAAUGCAACAACUGCAACACCCGCAAUCUAUCCACGGACACCCUCAACCUCAAACCCAGCAGGCCCAACCCCAUCCGGGCCAAAGGACACCCGUCCAGCAGGGUCGCGCACCACCACCACCUGCACCCCAGCAUCAGCACCAGCACACAUUCCAAGUCCAGCUCCAACCCCAGCCAAGCUGA